CACAGCACCCUCUCGCCGUCGCCGUCGCCGUCGCCGUCAGCAUCGCCGGCCGCCAUGGACGAGUUCCACGAUCUCAUCCGAACCCAACAGCUCCUUUCGGCGGCUUGUGUGAAGCAGUCGAACAGCCCUCCCGCAGCGUCAGCGGUGUCUUCCGAAAAGAAGCACCGUUGCACGAUUUGCGGACAGGGGUUCCAUCGCGCCGAACACCUGAAGCGCCAUCAAACGCGACAUACCGGGGCCAAACCGUUCUCAUGCACGUUCUGUGGGCGGGAUUUUUCGCGCAAAGAUCGUUUGCAGACCCAUUACAACAGCUGUCAAUGGCGGGGAGAUCGCGAACCGCCCAGCUCGGUGCCCAAAGGUCGGCGACCGCAUGCUUGUAUGACAUGCGUCUCGUCCAAGAUCCGGUGCGAUGGAGGAAACCCUUGCGCGCAAUGCAAGAAGAAACAAGUGGCUUGUCGCCAGAAGCCUUCGACCACCGACGAUUCAGCAGGCGAGAAAUUAGACCCUUCAGACGAUAGGGUGUCCAUCAAAGCCUUGUUGAACGGUGGAGUUGAUACAUUCACCAAAACAUACAAUCUUCCACCGAGUGACGACAGAAUCCAGAGCCUCCAAUUCCACCACGAGCAUGACGAAUCAGGAGAAACAAGCGAGGCCAAUGACCCCCGGUUGGGCGACCCCAGCCCGGACUCGAUUGAUUAUUCCGGCAUGUUUGGAUCCUUUACCGACAUGGACGAGCAGUAUCUCAACUUCUGGAACGGCCCUUUUGGUCUGAUGCCCUCGCCGAACUACGCCGACAUGCAGCUCGAUUUUUACGAUCCCUCUAUCGUGUCGGCAGAGGUCCGGUAUGGCCCAACUCCAUCGGAUGCUGCGUCCAAUCCUCCGGACCAAGCUCAGUAUAUCUCUUCUGUCAACAUGGCCAUCUACAACAAACUCUGGUGUCUGGCAUUGGACGACAAAGCCCGUCAGGAACUCACGUCGUGUCUGAACUUCCUCCUGACUCCAGAGAAGAUCCCGAAAUUCAUAACCAUGUACUUCCGGAACUGGCACCUGAAUUGUCCCAUGCUUCACAAGCCGUCGUUUGACCCGUCCAAGGUACCAACCUCGUUGGUCAUUGGCGUCGUCUUUGUAGGAGCAAUGUAUUCAAAGGACCAGUCGGAGAGACUUGCGGCCAAGAAGCUGGUCGACAUAGCCGAACUGACGGUCUUUGACUCGGAAAUAUUCUCGUUCGAGUCUGAAAUCAUCAGAUUCAUUCAAGACUCAUCUCCGGCACCGCCUGAUCCGGGCGAUGGUAUUGCAGAUCCCGAGUGGUAUCGGUUUCAGGAGCUGCAGGCAGGAUUCUUGAUGGUCAUCGCACAGUAUUGGGCAGGGUCCCGAAUCCCGAAGCGUCGUGCUUUGGAAUCCAGGCUCGGCGAGGUGAUAAAGGUUCUUCGGAAAUACCAAUACCAUCAUGCACGCCAUCAACCUUCAGAUCGAAUAUCGGAGACAGCAUGGCUGCAGAAGGAGUCUCGAAUCCGGACAAUUGCCAGCAUUGCGUUGCUCGACUGUGCGGGACGAAUCUACUCCAACUUCCCAUGCCGCAUGGCCCCAGCCGAAUUUGAUACCGACCUACCUUGCAAAGAAUCCAUCUUCAGCUCCCGGCAUCCUUUCAUGCAGGAUGAAUUGAUUUUUGCUCCCCGACUGACAAUCUCUCAAGCCUUUGGUCAGCUCUUCGAGGGCAAGGCGAGGACGUCAUCAGCUGGCUUGUCUUCGUCAAUGGCUUUGGUGAAUUCCAACUUUGCAGAAACCCCUCCGCAACUAGGAGACAAGGAUAACAGCUGCGAUCUCACCCCAUUCGACCUGUUUAUCCUGAUCCAUUUUCUUUACACGUAUAUCCAUUCUUGCAUCAUGACAAUAUCACACGAUCUACCUUCGACGGUUUCGAGUCGACCGGCCAUGGCAUCCAAAUCCAGUCCGAUAUUCCAAGAUCUGAAGACCGCGCUGGAACGAUGGCGGCAGCUGUGGCAAGCCGUCCGCUCACAAGCCACACACGAGUCUUUGAAGUCUGCUGGCAUGUACCGAAAUUCGUUUCAUUUCUGGAUGAUUUGCCAGUUGAUUCUGAGCAAGGAGGAGGCUAUUGAUGUCAUUACUGGCAUGGAAGUCAAUUGCGACGAUGCCUUGACGAAACUCAAGGUCUUGUUUCAAAAUGAGAACGAGUGAAGCAGCAAAUGGGAACGGAUGGAUGGCGUGCCCUCUCUCAGGACUCCGAUAUCUCCAGAUUGUGGGAGGCUCUCGCAAGACCCGCUCCUCGACCGCAACACCUCGGCACAGAUUUGGGCUUCUUGAGAUUUUCAGGCACCAGGAAUUUCAGUGUCUUGUCAAAAACAUGGUUGUGGCGAUUGGAUGACAGCGUCAGUCUCUCAGAGGCCCGUCAUGACUUACAUAAUGAUGUUAUGCACCGCCACUCGGUGUGGAAAACUUCCUCCCACAUCAACGAUUUCACCUAUCCCAUGAAGUGAAGGUGUCACGGUAUAGUAAGCGAGCCAAGAGUAAACAUGAUAAGAGUGUCGACGUUUCUACGUCCGUGAUGCAGGAUUCACAGU